AGGAUAAUAUAAAAACAAGCAAAAGCCUCUUGUUUCUCUCUCUAGCCCCUCUCUCUCUCUACAUUUCGACUCUUCCAAACCAAACAGAUCAUCAUCUUCAUCAUCGUCUCUCCAAAUCCACCAAACCCUUCUCAUUUCUCAGCAAAUCACCCCUACCCAUUUUAUUUUUUUAACCUUCAAACCCUUAUCUCUCUCUAAUUCGCAGGUCUCUAUGCACCCAGCUCAUGAUUCCCAUGUGAUAUUUUUCUUUUUGUUGGUGCGGGGAUAGGAGAAUGGACGUAAAUUUCAUGUGUUUGUUGUCUUUGAUGCUAACAUGCACCAAGUGGGCACGUGGGUGAAGUUUAAGGGUUGAAGGAGGGAUUGGGGAGAUGUCGAAUCAGGUGGUGAAGGUGAGGAGAGAGACGAUUGCGGCAUGCAUGACAUGUCCUCUCUGCAACAAGCUCUUGAGGGAUGCUACCACCAUUUCUGAAUGUCUCCAUACGUUUUGCAGAAAAUGCAUAUAUAACAAGAUAUCGGAUGAGGAACUAGAAUGCUGUCCAAUAUGCAACACAGAUCUGGGUUGUGUUCCACUGGAGAAACUGAGGCCAGACCACAAUUUGCAAGAUGUAAGGGCCAAGAUUUUCCCUUUCAAAAGAAGAAAGGUGAAGGCACCUGAAGUUGUGCUUCCAGUUACAUUACCAGUUAAAAGAAAGGAGAGAUCACUCUCAUCCUUGGUGGUCAGCACCCCCAGAGUAUCAACACAGACUACAAUGACUGGAAGAAGAACAAAGUCUGUUGCAAGAAAGGCUACUGCUUUAAGAGGUUCCGGUUUUUCAAUUGAGAAGCUCAUUAAAAAGGAGGAAGACUCAGUGGGAGAGCGUCCAGCGAGCUCAAGCUCACCUGAGACUCUAAAUAAAUUCACUCAGAACAUAAGGCAGAAUUCACCCUCAGCAGAGCCAUCUAUCCACUCCACACCCAAUAAAGAAACAGAGAAUGGUGCUGAAUCAUGGGAAGGGAAAUUUGAUCUCUGGAAACCUUUAAAUUGUUUGGUGGAAGUUGCAAAUAGGACUAAGUCUCUUAAGUUUAACUCACAAGGGUCUGCUGUUAAAUCGGAACCUAUGCAUGUUCCUGAUGGUGAAUCGCAAGUGCGCAAAACCAAAGUUAAGGAACAUGGACGUAAAUCUAAAGUUCAAGAUGAAAAAAUAAGCACCACUCCUGUCUCUGCAGAGUCAGUUAAACCUAAAAAGUUGUGCAGGGUUCGCCGAAGAAGGGCAGCCGCUUUUGGGGAGCUAGGCAUUUCACCCCAAGCUGUGCUAAAUGCUGUCAAUAACCAUAAAAGAAGAAGUGGGUCAAUUUGGUUCUCUUUAGUAGCUUCUGAAGACCAGGAAGGGGAUGCAUCAUUGCCACAGAUAUCUUCAAAUUUCUUAAGAAUAAAGGAUGUGAAUGUACCUGUAUCUUUUAUCCAAAAGUACCUGAUGAGGAAACUAGAUCUUACUAGUGAAGCCGAGGUUGAGAUCAAAUGCAUGGGUCAACCAGUCCUCCCUACAUUGCAGCUGCAUAAUUUAGUUGAUUUAUGGCUACAAACAGCAUCAACAUCACAAAGGGUACCGGCAUCGAUCGGCUCCUCCGGCAAGGAGUUUGUGAUGGUGCUGGCUUAUGCUCGAAGGCUCCUAGACCCCUAAAAAAAUCUGCUUCUUCCCCUUCUUCUCCACACCAUCAAUAAUCUAUAUUCCCCUGCUGCAGAUUUCAUAGGAGAUGAAAUUCUAAAAUGCCUACAUUUUUUUCUUCUUUUUAUUGAGACUUGUCCUUCAUUCAGCAGUUUGUCCCUUUAACUGCAUGAUUCUACCCACAAGGUAUGUCCUAUGCUUGUUGUGAAUUGAAUUGUUGUUCUCACAUUUUUCGGCUAUAAUUUCCAUGUAUUUUCAUUGUAAACUAUAGUAAAAAGGACUAUAUCUCUCGAGUACAAGUUGAGAUUUAAGUCUUGUUAUCCAGUUUUUGACUUCUCAAAAAGUAAAAAAUCCUUACAUUCAAGUUCA